UAACACAUUAGCGUACAUGAUCAAUGGAAUCCUGUCAUAUUCGGCUUAAGUGGCCGGUAUAUCUAAUAAGAAAUCAAGUAAAGUUUUAACGGAUCAGAGGACGAGAGAGGGAUAAUGACAAGUUGAUGAGGCUGAUAGGAGUGUGUUGAGUUUUCACCGCGAGAGAAGCAAACAAUCAAUCUUAUGUCCAAGAGCAGAAACAUCUCCCGGCUGAUGAUGUCAAGGAAUCAUCUGUAGUCAUAAAUAAGCAGAGAUAAUUCUGUGCCGAAACCUACAUUAGUCUACAAAGAUAUAUUCAGCAUAUAUGCGUUGUCGAUAUUCAGCAACAGUCGGCAUAUAGCUAGUGUAGGCCUAAGCCACGUUGGCCUAUGUAUGAAAGAAGAUACGGUGCUUUACGUUACGCCGUGCUGCAGGGUGCAAGACACAGGGAACAUUGAGCGUUGGGUGGCAUUUCUUACUGUAUUGGAUUGAACUAUGCAGUCAAUGCCACCUGGAUAUCAGCGACAGUUUCAACCAAUCCACAGCUACAGCUUAUCAUUGAUGACAGUGACGCACAAUAACUGGCUAUUACUGGAAGCAUAGGGAACAUGAGUGAAAAAAAACUAUUUUUUAUUUCACCGUGGAAUGCUUUCUGACAACAGCAUUUAUGAAGGUGCAACGGGGAAGGAGAAGUCGAUACUAUUGACAAUUCACAAACCCUUGAGGGUUCUCACAUUUACCAAAACCACAGACUAUUUCACGAUGCGUUGUUCACGAUUAUGAUAUUGCCUCAGUGGUUGUUGCAGUUUGAUGAUGCUCUGUGAAAUCGACAAUUAGAGUUAGUUAAAACGAUGGCUCGUAGCAACGCUCGUGCUUGACGAUCUGUUCUUUGGAGAGCUGGGGAUUAAUACAUACUGUACUUUAAACAAUGUUUGUAUUCCGAAAGCAGGACUCCUGCUAAGAGGACUGUGUUGCUGUUGGCAUAAUGAUUUUGCAAUGCACUUCCUCCAGGAUUUGCUGAUUCAUUAUUACCGAACGCAGAGAGCCGUAAAAGCCCACUCAUCGCCAGAUAAAUACACGGCAGGGGUAUAUCUAGAACGCUAACAUCAGGACGUACAGCUCCCGCUAAAAGGAUGAAGGGAACCACGGGUGUAUCAAAACCAGCGCAGGUAGUGCUCCUGCUCAAGAAAAUAUGGUUGCUUCAGAAGCGCAAACCCUGGGUGACGCUGUUUGAAAUCGUCUUCCCUGUGUUCUUUGCGGCUGUUUUAUUAUUUCUUCGGAUGGGGAUUGCCAUAGAAAAGAAGGAGAGCACGACCUACAAUGGAACAAUUCUGUCGGAUUAUGCAUUUCCCGGCUCGGAGACGCAUGAAACAUUGAUUAUUGCUUAUACGCCAUACACGCGAAAAACAGAAGACAUAAUGAACAAAGUGACUCGGAAAUUUGAACACGCUUUAAAUAUCACAGCUAUUCCUUUCAAUUCUGAGGAUGAAAUGCUAGACUUUGUAACAAAACAGAACCGCACAAACUGCAGUAUUCUCGGCGGAAUUGCAUUUCUCAUGCUGACAAAAGAAGGGAAGUCGAACCAAAGCAAAUUGUUCCCAGAAGUAAUAAGUUACAAGAUCCGUUUAAAGUCGACGGCAGACAAACCGUGGAAGACGACUGAGCGUUUUCCAUUUGUCAAUACUUUGAGACCGAGAGCCUCAGACUCGCCUCCAGACUACUGGCAAACUGGUUUCAUUACCCUGCAGUAUGCGCUGGACAUAAGUAUCAUAGAAGCAGUGCAAAAGAACGCUACUGCGUUUUUAACCAACCUGACAACAACCCUAAAACGCAUGCCCCAUGCUUUCUAUUCCCAUGACGUCUUUGUCAACAUGAUCGAAUCUCGAUUAGCGCUGUUCAUCGUCUUCAGUUUAUUAUUCAACACGUUUCACAUCACCAGAGCAGUGGUAUACGAAAAAGAGAAAUUGCUGAAGGAUUGCCUAAAUAUGGUGGGUGUCAGCUCUACCCUCCAGUGGCUCUCCUGGUUCAUCAAGGAUUUCGUCUAUUACGCCAUCAUAAUGGGUAUAUUGACUGCUCUCUUCAAGCUAGACGCAGGGGAUGUUAGUAUUCUGACCAAAACCUCCGGUAUCUUAACUUACCUGCUGUUGGUACUGUAUGGCAUAGCAACCACCUGGUUUUGUUUUGCCGCCAGUGCUUUUUUUCAGAAAGCCGAUGUGGCCGCCAUCAUCACAAGCAUUGUCUUCCUGCUGACCUAUGUCCCGUACAUCUAUAUUGAGCAUGCUCGCAGUUAUGACACCAUGACGACAACUGAGAAGUUCGCUGCAUGCUUGCUACCUAAUAUUGCUCUUGCCUUUGGAACCAAAAUAAUUGGAUUGCACGAAGCAGCUGGCGAGGGUGCGGACUGGACGAAUUUCUACAAGCCGGCGGUAGAAGAUGACAAUUUCACCCUCCUGCACGUGAUGCUGAUGUUCCUGGUGGAUAGUUUGAUCUUAAUAGUGGUCACGUGGUACCUGGGUGAGGUCACACCAGGCCCCUACGGCAGGGCUCACCCUUGGUAUUUCCCAUUUACGGUUACAUAUUGGCGAAGUGACCCAAGUGGCAAAGACAGUGCAAGAGCAACAGACUAUAUGAUCACGGAGAAAGAGUCGCAAUUCUUUGAAGAUGUGGCUGAGGAACAAGUUCCAGAAAUAGUCAUAAAAAAGCUCACCAAGAAUUUUGGGAAGAAGGCGGCCCUUUCCGGAGUGAAUAUUACAAUAUACGCUAACGAAAUCUUUGUACUGUAUGGCAAAGCCAAGGCAGGGAAAUCGAUACUUCUUUCUAUAAUCACUGGAAGAAUGCAGCCAAGUUCUGGCAGUGCUAUUUUCGAGAAAUAUGACGUCACAAAGAACAUGAACGCCAUACGUCCAAAGCUUGGCUUCUGUCCACAAAAGAACGUGUUGUUUGACGAUAUGACAGUAUGGGAACACAUGAAAUUGUUUACCAAGUUAAAAGGAUUACCAAAGAAACAGAUAGUUGCCGAGGCAGAGAGAUGGAUGAUUUUGCUCAAUUUGGCACCAGAACGCAAUACCAAGGCCAGCAAACUCCCCGAUUCUCUGAAAAGGAGAUUAUGCAUGGCUGUUGCUCUUCUUGGUGAUAGCAAGUUUUUAAUAUUGGACCACUUCACUACGGGUCUGGAUCCGUGCGAAAGAAGAAAGGCCUGGGACGUCCUCAGAAGCGCCAAGCACGGCCGCACCAUCAUCAUUGCCACUGACGAUAUUGAGGAGGCGGAGGCUCUGGGGGACAGAAUCGCCUUCAUGAUGGGUGGGCGAGUCCGUUGUUGCGGAAGUGCAGACUUUAUUAACAAUUGUUAUGGAAUCGGUUACCAAAUACAGGUCAGCAAAGACAUCCAGUGUCGUAUAGAAGAUACGUCGUCGCUAAUCAAAUCACAUGUUCCUAAUUCGCAUCUUAAGUGUGAGUCACCGACGCGGGCAACGUUUCUUAUACCGAAAGAUAAUGGUAAAUUUGAAGCAUUGUUUCAAGACCUUGAUGACCACAAACCUUCCUUAGGAGUUGGCACAUAUGAUGUAGGGAUGAACACAAUGGAAGAAGUGUAUGAGAGGCUUGCCGAAGGUGGUCCUGAUCUCUUCAAGUCUGACCCGUCCUACUCGUCCUAUCUGUCCACGUCAUCCCUGAAACCAUCGGAACAGAAUGACUCAGAACACGUUAUUCUUGAAGGACACGAAAAAGAAGCCAUUCCUCUUCAGGAUCUUGGGAAACAGCCCUUGACGUUAGUGCUUCCAGAAGGAAGCAUACGUGAAAGUGGAACUGCACUCUUCGUUCAGCAAGUGGAAAGUCUCUUCAUGAAGAGGUUUUUAUAUUCACAACGAAACCCUGUGUUCACAAUUUGUCAUAUUCUGGUACCGUUAUUGGUCCUUGCCAUUGCACUCUCCGUACAUGUGGUCAACAGGGACAUCCACAACUACGAACCGUUAAACGUUGGCAUGGAGACCAUGAGCAAGCACGCCAAGGUUGUGGCCGUUGUUGCUCCCAACGCUACCACUGGUAUAGACACUUUUGGUCAUGUGUACUCAAGAGAGAUCCAGGAACGCGGCAUGAGCUUAGUGAACUUUAGCAGUUUCAUGUUAGAUUACACUGACCUUGACAUUGACUCCGCCAUUUUGCAAGAAGUCGAGCAAGUUGGCAUCCCAGACUACAACAGACAUUAUAUAGCAGGUGCAGCAUUUGGUCUUGUUGGUAACACUACCUCUUACUCGAAAGAAAUGGAAAAAGUGGAACUGGUAACGGCUUAUUACGGGGGCGAAGCGUACCACAGCAGACCAAUUUCCAUUAACUUUCUGACAAAUGCGUUACUAAGAACGAUGUCACCCGAAAACCAUUCUAUCGAGGUGAUCAAUCACCCCCUGCCUCUAUCUGUUGAGCAAAAAUAUCAAGAACAACUCGAAAUUGCUUACACUGUUGCAGUGAUCAUAGUCUCCGGUAUGGCUAUAUUCCUUGGCGUUCUCAUAAGUCCGGUCGAGCAAGAAAACAUCUCCGGUUUUAAGCAUCUUCAGUUCAUUAAUGGCGCCCGACCUUUGACAUUUUGGCUAGGAAACUUUUUGUGGGAUCUGAUCAUCUAUAUGGGACUUUGCUUUCUGAUGGUUUUGACAAUCCUUGCCUUCCAAGUUGAUGCAUAUUUUGCCGACUACCAACUCAUCGGGCUAUUGCUACUGAUGCUCUUUCACGGCCUUGCUGUAAUUCCGUUGAUGUACUGCCUGUCACUGUCCGUGGAGACAUCAGUCAGGGUAGUGGCAACGCUGGUCUUCCUCAAUCUCAUCGUAGGAAUUGGCUCUUUAACAACUGUCAUAUUUUUGCGAACAUCGGAGUCCGUUGACCAAAGAUUGAUCGGCGAGGUCUUGGAUUGGCUCUUCCUGGCCCUGUUUCCACAGUACUGCCUAGGAGAAGGGCUUCUAGAACUUUACGUCAACUACAACAUCAAACUAGAUUGCCAAGACGUUUUACAUAUGGCUGAUUUUGUAUGCUGUCACGGUUUCUGUGACGAUGCCUGCAAAGCCUACCAUAGCAACCCCGUGAGUAUAUAUGCACUAGGGAUCGGACGGAUCCUUGUCUUCCUCCUCAUACAGGCUGCGUUCUACUUCGUCCUGCUGGCUCUUUCGGAGAGCGGCAUGCUGUAUCGCUUCUAUAGAGGACUCUUCUCUUCCUCAGAUAAAAACAUAUACCCUAUGCUGUUUCGCGAACAGGACUUGAAAGUUUCCGUGCCGGAGGAUAAUGAUGUCACGUUGGAGGAGCAACGGCUGACGGAAACUCCAGAGUAUCAGCUGCGCCAAAUGCAGGCGGUGUCACUACACAGGGUCUGUAAGGAGCACAACGAGUUUGUGUCCAUAGACCACGUGAGUCUUAGCGUGCCCAAAGGUGAAAUAUUUGGACUUAUUGGCGCGCACGGGGCAGGGAAGUCCACUCUCCUGAAACUUAUGACGGGUGCAUUACGACCCUCAGCCGGAGACGUGUAUCUAAGGGGACGCAAUCUACGACGGUCUAUUGGCAAAGUACCACAGCGCAUCGGGUACUGUCCUCAAAACGACGUUGUUCCUGGUCAUCUAACAGGCGGCGAGGUGUUGAAGCUAUUAGGCCAGCUUUGGGGCAUUGACAAAGAGCACAUUACCAAAGUGAUCGGCGCCAUGGGAAGAACUCUGAACAUUGAGGAUUGCCUACAUAAGAAGAUAUGCAAAUACAGUUUAUGCGCCAAACGAAAGCUGAGCGUCGCCAUAUCUCUUAUGGGGGAUUCGGAAGUGGUGUUUUUGGACGAUCCUCUCUCGGGAAUGGACGCAGAUAGCCGUCAAAGAGUGUGGGCUAUUCUACAAGAGAUCCAUGCCCGCGGGAGGACUAUCGUAAUAUUCUCCAAUAGCAUUGAAGAAUGCGAGGCCCUGUGUACCAAAAUGGCGAUCAUGAUCAACGGAAGACUGGCAUGUUUAGGCAGCAUAGAGCACCUGCGCAACAAAUUCUGCAACACGUACACAAUUCUCGUACGAAUCCGAUACCCAAGCAAGGGAGGCAAACCCGAAGUGCAGCCGCUCAUGGCCAGUUUGGAAGCUUCAAUACCAGGAGCUGUAUUAAAGAACGCUUACCAGGAUGUUUUAUACUACGUGGUCACGGACACUUCUAUUCCUGUUGCCAAACUAUUCUGCAUCAUGGAAAGAUUGAGGGGCAGGUUUUGCAUUGAAAGUUUUGUGAUAUAUAAAUCUAAUUUACAGCAACUUUUCUUAAACUUUACACGUUCUCAGAAACCACCUCCAAAUCUGGAAGAGGAUAUGGGAAAACAAUUUAAGAAGUAUUGUUGUCUUUUAUGGUGAUUUUUGCGCCUUUUUUUUACUUGGUGGUUUUCAUUUAUGCCGGCUAGCAUACUAUUCCCUUUUUACAUUAUUGAACGUCAUGCUUAUUAUAUGGACACACUGGAGUUACAUUAUUGGCACAUUUACAUGUACUGUACGUAUAUUAUCCAGUGCGAUUGGAUUGUGUUUACUGUUUUCCUUCACAUUUCAUUGAGAAGUAAUUUUAUAUGACCACAAAUGCAACAUUUGUUAAUGUUUGGUUUUAAUAAAUAUAUUGAAAAGAU